GUUACAUUCAAACACUCAUGUGUAAAUAUAUAUAUACACAUGUUCAGUACUGAAAAUACAGAAAGGAAGAGACAAGUAACAAGUGAAGAAAUAUUGAAAGUUGUAGCAAUUGGUGCAACUAGUGUUGGAUGUAUCCUUCUACAGUGGAUAUGAGAGAUCACUAGCUAUUUCUAAUAAUUCCACUCAUAAUUUCAUGGUUGGAGUACUACACGCAGAGCCAAAAAAAUCACCCUUAAAUAUGCAAAAUGCAACUCUUUUUUUUUUUGUGUUCUGUGUGUUUGUAAACUGCCAUAGGAAACAAGUCAAAAAGCAAUAACACAUAAUCAAUCAAACAAGAAUUGGCCUCAAAAAACAUAUAUAAAUAAAUAAAUUCUCGCGGAUAACAAAAAAGAAAUACGUUAGGUAGGCUGUUAGAACUGCUUUUCUGACACUAACAAUAAAUACAUACAGUAAUGUUAUAUCCAUACAAAGGUGGAGAUGAUGAGCUCACUGUUUCAGAGCCAGAGGGGGCUAAUCUACACUUUUCCUUCUUUACUGUGUUUUCUUCUUUUUUAUCUGGUAAAUGCACAUUCGCACGCAUAAAACCUGUAUGUGCUUCUGCACUGCGCCCCAACUUUCGCAUUUAAUUCCCCUUGUUUUUCCAAAACCCACUUUUUCUCUAUAAUUUUAUAACUAAUUAACUAUUACUUAUAAUUUUGAACAUUUUCAGGUGUGUCCUAGCUUCUGUAGGGCCCUCUAAUAUAUCUAUAUAAACGCAAACAUUUCUCUUACUUACAACACAACCUUAUAGUUAUAGCUAGCUUACAAGUCACUUUGCUGUCUUUUGUUUUUGUGGAUCAGCAUAAUCUGUUUGGUUUAGAGAGUAUACUUACAAAUGUUGGGAGUGGAAGAUGUUGAUGAUAUUUUGAGUGAGCUCAUCAAUGGUGAGGAUCCUAAUGGUUUGCCACCAGGGUUUAGAUUCCAUCCCACUGAUGAAGAGCUCAUAACUUUCUACUUGGCUUCAAAGGUCUUCAAUGGUACCUUCUGUGGAGUUGAUAUUGCUGAAGUUGAUCUCAACAGAUGUGAGCCAUGGGAACUUCCAGAUGUGGCAAAGAUGGGGGAAAGAGAGUGGUACUUCUUCAGCUUGAGAGACAGGAAGUACCCAACUGGGUUAAGAACAAACAGAGCCACUGGAGCUGGCUACUGGAAGGCCACAGGGAAAGACAGAGAGGUUUACAGUGCUUCAACAGCUGCUUUACUUGGCAUGAAGAAAACCCUUGUUUUCUACAGAGGCAGAGCUCCUAGGGGUGAAAAGACCAAGUGGGUCAUGCACGAGUACCGUCUAGAUGGUGACUUCUCCUACAGCUACAAGUUUAAGGAGGAAUGGGUCAUUUGCAGGAUUUUUCAUAAAACUGGGGAGAAGAAAAAUGGGUUUCUCCAAGGACAUAGCUAUCUCUUAGGACCUGCUGCUUCAUUUCCCAUCAUUACUACUACUUCUUCUUCUUCUUCUCUGCCUCCAUUGCUUGAAACAUCCACUCACCAAAAGCUUUUCAUGGUUGAUCAUCAGAACCAUGAAAAUCCUGACCUUAAAUACCUAAUCAACACACCUAUUUCACAACCUCAUGAGCUCCCUAGAACAAAUGUGUUUCCACCCUCUUUUUCAGUUAACAACAGCUCAUCAUUAUCAGCAGCAGCACCAUCUAUGCUCAUCAAGUCCCUUCUAUCAUCAUCACAUCAAGACUUCACUGUUCCCAAACAGUGCAAGACAGAUGCCAAUAACUUUUCACAUUUCCAAGUACCACCUCCUGAUGAUGCUAAUAACUUGAAUUACUGGAUAGAAAAGAUUAGUAGUAACCAAAACCCAUAUGAAAAUCCCCUGUUUCUUGAAAUGGGUUGUAAUUUCCAGGGAUCAUCAACAGCGGCUGGAAAAACUAGUGCUACUACUGCUCAUGACAUGUCUGCUCCAGUUGGAUCCCAGAUGAUGUUAGAUCCUCCUAUCAGAAUCCCAGCUGGAGAAUCUUGGCCAUUGGAUCUUUAA